AUGGCUAUAACACUUGGGGAAGCUGAGAGGGGACCAUCCCAUUUGGGGUUGCGGCUAACUACUUUGGUGGUAUCAGUAGUAGUAUCGUUGGCAGCUGGUACACCAUAUUUAUAUGGAGUUUAUUCGCCUCAAUUGGUUCGUCAUGUUGGACUUACGGCUUCGGAUUCAGCUACAAUUUCUUUGGCUACUAAUAUGGGUACAGGUUUUGGUGGGUUACCAGCAGGUAUGAUAAUUGAUCAUUUUGGUCCUCGGUGGUCUAUUUUAUUGGGGUCUCUUUGUAUCUUUAUUGGUUAUAUUUCCAUUUAUCAUAUUUAUCAAGAUGUGAUUGGAAUUCUUUUACUAAUUUGUAUUGCCAUGGUUUCAAUUGGUUUUGGUUCAAUUAUUUCAUUCUAUGCUACUUUGAAAGCUUGUCAAUCAAAUUUCCCUAAACAUAAAGGUGCUGCUGGUGCUGGCCCCAUCAGUGCUUAUGGUUUAGCUGCUACUGUAUUUUCUGCUGUCUCUGCUACAUUUUAUGUCCAUGAUACUGCUGGAUUCUUGAAGUUUUUGGCUAUAGUUUGUGGAGCAGUGACAUUUUUUGGUUCUUGGGCUGUAGGAAUUUAUUUGGAUCAUGAUGAAGAUGAAAUAGAAUUUGCAAUUGAUGAAGAAACAAUUGUUGAAGGUGAUAAUGAACCAAGUGAAGCCACAGAGUCUGUGACUCAAAGUUUACUUGAAUGUGAUGCUCAAAGUACUCCAAUGGUUCGUGAUAAUGAUGAUGAAUCUUUAAGAGGUUCCUUUAGUUUCUGGGGUAUUGGUACAAGAACUCCAAGAGCUUCUGUCACUUCACUUAUAGCAGCUGCUCCACCAAUAUUACCACCAUCAAAACCACAAGCUCAAGGUGGUAGAAGAGAAACUGGUGAUUACACCCCAUCUCUUAAUACCCAAUUUAUGGCUGAUGCAACAGAAACUGAAACUCAACAAACAAAAGCAAUGAUUACAGAAAUUAGAACUCCAGUAGUGACCAAGAAAACAAACUUGAAACAGGUAAUUUUGAAUAGAUUGACUGAUAAGGCUUUCUUACUUCAUUUUGUGGUUGUAUCAUUAGCAAGUGGGAUUGGUCAAAUGUAUAUUUAUUCCGUUGGGUUUGUGGUUACUGCCCAAUACAACAGAGGUCAAGAUCCAGCCUAUUCCAACUUAAAGGAAACUAAAGAAGCUGCUUCACAUUUACAAGCUUUACAAGUGGCCGUGAUUUCCAUUGGUUCGUUUUCCGGGAGAGUAAUCUCGGGGAUUCUUUCUGAUUUCAUCUAUAAGAAGUACCAUAUUCAAAGAUUAUGGAUAGUUGUGUUCACCCUUUUACUUUUAAUUGCAGGUGAACAGAUCUUGAUUCAUCUGAAUGAAUCUUAUAUGAUCACAGUUUCCUCAGCAAUAGUAGGGUCUUGUUACGGAUUAACUUUUGGAACUUAUCCUGCUGUUAUAGCAGACUUUUUCGGUACCAGAACUUUUACCACUACUUGGGGAUUAAUUUGCACUGGACCUAUGGUUGUUUUAUUCGUGUUGAACAAAUAUUUUGGCCACAUUUAUGAUCUGAACACCAAUAACGAAACUGGUAUUUGUUAUUUGGGUAAUGAAUGUUACAAAGGAGCUUUUGAAGUUGCUUGUGCUCUCGCCUUUUGCGCGUUCUUAGUUACCUUGUUCAUUAUAAGACAACACUAUUUGAAACGGUUAUAA